CAAACCAUUGGUUAAUUUUGGACGGAGAGAGUAGAACCAAGCCAAUUACUCAUCGCCAAGGUUCGUCGUAUCUUCGUCCUCCUCUGGAAACCCUAGAUUUCCAAUUGAAAUUUAUAUCCGUAGCUUGUUUUUCCCGGAAAAUUUAUUCCAGUUGCGAUCAUGGGUAAUACGGAGAAAUUGUUGAAUCAGAUCAUGGAAUUGAAAUUUACGGCGAAAUCACUGCAACGACAAGCGAGGAAGUGCGAGAAGGAGGAGAAGUCCGAGAAGCUUAAGAUCAAGAAGGCUAUGGAGAAGGGGAACAUGGACGGGGCACGAAUUUACGCUGAGAACGCGAUCCGUAAGCGUACGGAGCAGAUGAACUAUCUCCGACUCGCUUCGCGGCUCGAUGCCGUUGUGGCUCGUCUCGACACGCAGGCGAAGAUGUCCACCAUUAACAAGUCUAUGGGCUCGAUCGUCAAGUCCUUGGAAAGUACUUUGGCGACCGGUAAUCUGCAGAAGAUGUCGGAGACCAUGGAUCAAUUUGAGAAGCAGUUUGUGAACAUGGAGGUCCAGGCUGAGUUUAUGGAGAAUGCGAUGGCGGGUUCAACUUCUCUGUCCACUCCGGAGGGAGAGGUCAACACUUUGAUGCAACAGGUAGCCGACGACUAUGGAUUGGAGGUUUCUGUGGGUCUCCCACAGCCAGCAGCUCACGCUGUGCCGACCAGGGAGACUGAGAAAAUCGACGAGGACGACUUAUCGAGGCGGCUUGCUGAGCUUAAGGCCAGAGGGUAAACAAUUUAUACUAGAAUGAGAUCCUAUAUCACAUCAAUGCGAUUUGUAAAAUCUACGUAUUUCCGAACUGACUUGUUUUAGUACCUACAAGAACUUAUGGUAUGUAUAAAUUUGAAGCAUUUGAUAAUACAUGUGAUAUGCUUAGUGCAUACUACGCUGCAUAUUACAGCUGAUGCUUUUCAUUGUCAAUUGAUUUUGAGAUGGAACCCAUAGAUAUUGAA